UACUUUUGAUACUCCCUGACGGUGGAAUUCAUUCCUCUUUUCCCGGCCGAUCCCAGAUCUAGGACACCGCUGAGCCAUCAGUGCGCAGCCAUCUACGGUGGGAUAAAAGGAAGAUUUAAAAAUAGAAAAGAAAAGUAUCCGGCUGACUGCAAAUAAGAAUAAUAACAACAACAACAACAAUAAAAAGCAACAAACAGUGCGCAGGGCAGAUUGAUAUCGGGAGUACAGUGAGGAGACGGCGGCGGGGAGCGAGUACAGUGGAAGAUCGGAGGGGAUUUAUAGUGCUGACUGGCCUCAGAGAGACGCGUGCAAGAACGCUCCAGAUCUACAAGAGGAGCCCAGGCGGUCUGAGCCCCUUCAAUGGAUCUAGCCGGAGACACAGCCGCUGCUUUUUCACCCUCCCCUCCCGGCGCCGCUCUUCCGUUGCAGGACCCCGCUCUCUGAAACAUGGAUUCCCGUGAGCAUCUCCCACCCAAGUCCCUACAACAUUAUGGUAAAAGUGCACACCGAGAGUCCUCUCAGUAACCGUAUCCGCCCAUCUGUUCCCGUGGAAACCAGCCGUCCCAAGCAACAAACUUCUUUACCUCUGUCUCUCUCUCUCUCGUUUCUCCCCGGGGGACGUCAGUGUUUGUCAGGCGACGCUGACUGAAAGCUGCAUAUCUACCUGUCUCCUUUCACCCGAGGGAUUCCAAUCAAAAGCUAAGAGGCGAGUCCUUUUAAAAGUCGCACGGUGGUCAGGAUGCUCACGUUCUCCCUGUGAUCACCCCUCCAUGCGCUUUACCUCUCCUCUAAGACGUGUGGCCCCCUCACCCUGUGCUCCAUACGCCACUCCCCAGGCCUGCCAUGCUCCUCCGGGCUGCGUUGUUGCUGUUGCUGCUGCUGCUGCUGCUGCACUGUUGGGCCUCCGCCCUCGGCCAGUACAACAUGUGCAAGUCCCUGGUGAGCACGGACGAGGGCUCGGUGUGGGAACAUUACGCAUGCCAGCCCAGUCCCGCGUUCAUGAAGGACUACAUGCGGAUCAAGGUGGAUCCUCCCGGAAUCACGUGUGGAAAUCCACCCGAGAAGGUCUGCACUCUGGAGAACCCAUAUUUGUGCAGUGACGAGUGUGAUGCCUCCAACCCAGACUUGGCUCACCCUCCUCAGCUGAUGCAGGACCGUGAACGCAACGGCCUAAUCACCUACUGGCAGACGGUGUCCUGGGGUCGACAUCCAGAGCCCCUACUCGCCAACGUCACCAUGUCUUGGAACAAGAGUCUGGAGCUCACAGACGACAUCCAGAUCACGUUUGAAUAUGGCCGUCCCACAAUCAUGGUUCUGGAUAAGUCCAUGGACCACGGGCGCUCCUGGCAACCUUACCAGUUUUAUGCCGACGACUGCCAAGACGCCUUCAACAUGCAGCCCAAACUAGUGCGUGACCUCUCACCCACAAACCUGACACGGGUCAUUUGCACUGAGCAGUACUCGCGCUGGGUCGGCUCCAAGAACGACAAGAAUGUGAAGUUCGAGGUGAGGGAGCGCUUUGCUCUGUUUGCAGGCCCCCGGCUGCAGAACAUGGACAACCUGUACACCCGCAUGGAAAGUAUGAAGGGACUGAGGGACUUCUUUACCUUCACCAACCUGAGGAUGAGGCUGCUACGGCCUGCGCUCGGAGGCACCUAUGUCCAGAGAGAAAACCUGCUAAAAUACUUCUACGCAAUCUCCAAUGUUGAGGUUCCUGCCAGGUGUAAGUGUAACCUCCACGCCUCCCAGUGCCUGCUGACUGAGGGGAACCUCCAGUGCCAGUGUGAACACAAUACCACCGGGCAGGACUGCCAGCGAUGCAAGAAGGGCUUCAAAGCCAAGUCCUGGAAAGCAGGUUCCUAUCUGCCUGCACCAACUGGAACCCCCAACACCUGUACAAUUGCUGGUUCCCCCUCCGGUUCUAACUGUGAGUGCUACGGCCACUCCAACCGCUGCAGCUACAUCGACUACCUGAACAUCGUCACUUGUGUCAGCUGCAAGCACAACACCAGAGGCCAGAACUGCCAACACUGCAGACUGGGAUACUUCCGCAACGCCUCUGCCGAACUGGAUGAUGAGAACGUCUGCAUCGAGUGUAACUGCAACCAGCUGGGCUCCAUCCACGACCGGUGUAACGGCACGGGCUUCUGUCAGUGUAAAGACGGCGCGGCGGGGGCCAAAUGUGACGACUGCCUGCCGGGAUACUACUGGAAACAAGGCUGUUACCCUAACGUUUGCGACGAGGAGAUGCUGCUGUGCCAGAACGGAGGAACGUGCUACAUGAACCAGAAGUGCGUCUGUUCUCCAGAGUUCAAAGGGGUCUUGUGCCAACAGUCCCGCUGUGAAGCGGGCAAGGACUGCAACGGCGCCGCAUCGCCGCGCCUCUCCGCGGCCGCCCUGCUGCUCUGCACUCUAAGCUACCUGCUGGCCACGUUAUCACACCACUGAGCCACGAAAAGACGCCCCCACUCCCCUGCCUCCUCCUACCUACCCACCCUUCAGACACUAGGAGUGCGUGGACAUGGAAAGGGAACCAGAACAUGAGGUGGAGGAGGGCAUCUCUGGUCAGAGGCCCCCAAACCCCUUCCCGAACUCCCCCCCCAGCUCUCUUGCGACAGCACUCAAACAUGCACACACUCUCACCAAAAACACUACCUAAGCCCUCGCAAAGCACACGUAUAUACACACACCUCACACGACUGUUACGACACUGAGUGUGUGUGCUCGGGUGUGGGGAAUGGACGAGCAGAGAAACAAACGCCUCAGAGAAAAGCGAUGCAGUCAAAGGGGAAGAAAAUGAUACCAACCACUGUUCCCUUUAUUCCUCAGCUGGAGCAAUGUGCAUCAAACCAAAAAGCAUAAAAAAGUAACACUUAAAUCACCACUGUUUCACUUCAAAGGGAAUGGCUGUUGUAACCACCGGGAUCUAUUUUUAAUUUUUGUUUUUUAUUUAAUUUUUUUCCGUUUCCUUCUUCUUGGUUGAGCUAAAGAACUCUCAUCUGUUAGACUGACUGACAGCUUAUGUGUAUGUGUGUGUGUAUGCGCAUGUGCUUGCGUGAGUGUUUCGUGUGUGUUUGAGUAAAUCUGAGGGUGUGAAUACACGUGGGUGUGUGUGUGUGUGUGUGGUCAGACGAGUCGACUUGAAAGACGGAUCAGAAUGAGCUUGUUUAAUUCUGCUGCUGCGGCCUACAUAGUAUAUUAACCAAGUUUCAUUUCUCCUCAGAUGAUGAGACUUGAUUUUACAUUUAUUCUAUUUCUGCUGCAUUUUUACUUUGAAUUGUACCGUCAGUCAUUUUAUCUAGACGCGCCCACUAGAAGUCGCUGAGAUUAUACAUAUUAUAUAAUAUCCAGGGGGAAGGCAUUAUGAGUAAAAAAAAAAAACAAGAAGAAAGGGAAAUUAGUCACUAUUAUGGUUACCGUAGGAAUGAGUGAUUGUUGCCACGCUUAACGAGAUUUAAUCUUCACACAGUAUUCAGGAAGCAGAGUUUACCAACUUUCAACUAAUCAGAGGUCUAAAGGAAAGAGAAACAUGUAAAACCACGUAUCAAUUAUAUUACAUUAUUUGAAUAUUUUUUGUAGAAAUUAUUUUUGUUUGAAGUUACAAUAAAUUAUAAAAAAAAAUACAUUUACAACUACAUUUACAAUGUGCAUUUUAUUACACUGAUUGUAAAGCUUACAGUAAAUAUGACUGUUAUUUGCCUUCUUGGUUGUAUGUUAUUUCAUUCACUCAUGAGUUUUGUGUUAACAACAUGUCUGUCCUGUUCUUCAGGCAGAUAUUUACAGGAUCCACACAUGAAGUUUCUCAUUUAUACAAAAAAAAAAAAAAUCAAUGAGAAAUCUGUCUCUUAAUUCUCCAACAGUAACAAAAAAAAAAAAAAAACUAAGAUACCCCAAAGAGACAUAUAACACAGUUCAGCUAGUGUUUGUACACACAUCCACCCAGCAUGAUGCUGCUACUACCCAUGGUGUUAUGAAGUGAUUACAUCACCUUUUUUACAUGCUGUUCCUCUUACAUGGCAUAUGACAGACUUUAAAUGUUACUUGUUAUGAGAAAAAGUUUCUUGUUGCCACUCUUUCAAAAAAAUUCAGAUUUGAGGUUUGCAGGACCAAUGGCAACCGGAGUACUUCCACAUGAGCUGAAAAUCUCUGUGCCUCCUCCAGAGUUACCAGGGGCCUUUAGCGGCUUCUUGAAUUUUCGCCUUGCAGAUUUCGAUUUUUCUGCAGUUACUCCAUGUACUAAAUAGGCGAUUCCAAAUGCAAUUUGUUGCACUGAAUUUUAUUCCGUGCAUUAGAGUAAAUGGGGCUGACUAGAAAUGCUGGCCCCUUUUUCUGAUGUGUUUAUCUUUAAAAAGGGCAAAGUCUAUGUUUUUCACUACUGUUUCACAGUUAUGCACUGCUGUCUUUUGGUCUAUUUCAUAAAAUCCUUAUGAGAUCCAUUAAAGACAAAAUAAAAAACUAGGCGCAUUUAAACUUCCACAAGAUGCUACAUAGUGGAGGAAAUUUCUGUAACAUAAGUCAUGGAGAUGGUCAUCUGUCAUUAAAUUCCUUAUAAGGUUUUUGAUACAUACAUCAGGUUACAAAGAGCAUAGAAAGACAUUUAUAUAUAUACAAAUAAUCCACAUGCACUAUUAUAAAGGAAGUCCAAGGAUCUGGUCGUACUUAAACCUACCAUUAGGAUGGUUCCCUAAUCUGAAACUGUAGAGCAAGCACGACAUUUCAAAAGAACUUGAGAAAAUCCUACAAAGUUUCAGUCAUCCUGCAGCAAACUUUGAUCCAGGUUUUCAACCAAUACAGCUUAGGGUGUGACCUCGACACCAUGUCAGAAUUUGUAUUUCCACAUGUUAAGCUAAAUAACUUGGACCAACUGCUUUCCUGUUUGUCUGGUUCACUGAUCAGAACCACUUUAAAAUAUUACAAGAAAGUCCUGCUGCUUGGAUCAACAACUUUUGCACAAAACACCACAUGGAAAAGAUGCACAAGAACUGACAUAAAACUAAACAAUUUGUUUUAUUUGUAUUUUGAAAAAUGUGAACUCUUAAGUUACAAUUGGGUAACAUAAAUCAUGAAGUAAUGUUAGUUGGUUCCCCUUUUUGUAGUAUUAAGGAACACAUUGCACACAUUAUAAUGGUGAAUGCCUAUGGUGGUACAAUUAAUCACUUGAUUCCCUUUGUGUUCAGCCACUUGGACUAUUUCUCCACUAAGAGGUCAUCUUUACAGUUUUCACUUCUUUUUACAGAUUAUUGUUCUAUGUUAUGAUAACAAAGGUAAACAUCAAUACGUUUAUGGUUUAUAAGUUUAGGAAAUGUGCCGUGACAUUAAGGAAAUAAAUAUAUUUCACUGCAAAUGAUUAAAUAUGAGACAGAAAAGCUGUUUGGAUCACUUUCUCUCAAAUGUUGCUCAAAAAUAAGAACUAAACUGUAAAAACAAAUUCUGACUUUAUCGACUAUGAAACUGACAGCUGUGUCACAGUUUGCACUACUUAAUGAAUAUUCAGACCCACCUAAUUAAAAAUGAGGCUACAUUUUGUUGCAACUUUAAAGAUGAACCAUAGCAUUAAAUAUGAAUGAGAGUAAACUGUAAACCACAGUUACCCCCUCCUUAUUCCAGAUCAGACUAUCUGAGAAUAUCAAAAGAAAAGCAUAUUUCACUUGUGACUUCAGGUCAAAAUAAACAUAAACAGACUCUCAUACAUCCACUGAUGUCUAUUUAAGUGAAACGAUGAGAAACGUGACCAAGGUACCAGCAUAUUAACAUUAAUCUGAGUCUAUUAAAAGUAGUCGACACAAAGGGCUGCUGACGUUGAAGUCCUAGGAAGAGGUAUUAGAGCACAGCGACCUAAGUUUGUCUUUGUCUUCCUGCAGCCGCCUGACUGUUACUCCAAGUUUGGGAAAAUAAUGUCUCUAUUUGUCCAUGUCAUCUUUGUACCAUUUCCCCAGCUGUGCCCAGGCCUUCUGCUUGGAUUAUUUGUAGAUUUCACAUGGGUCCACUAAGCCUCUACAUCUGAUUGCCCUAAAAUGUCCUCCUUUUCUCCCCCAACCCUUCUACCUUCUUUUGUUUUCAAGAUGCAUUCACUGGUUACUUCCCUCAUUUUGUGCCCAGGGGCCUCUGUCAGUCAUAUUUUGUGCAGUAUACCAUCUCUGCACAUGACCUGAUUUCUCUUCCAAGGGUGUGAUUUUCUCUGGGUUUUUUUUUUUUUUUUUUUUGCCAUAGCUGGUCUUCUGUUUCAUCUUCACAAAAAAGACAAUGGGAGAAAACUUGUCUUGACGUAACACCUCAGGAAAAAACGCCAAACAGAGCACCUUCUGUUUUUUGGGAAGGGUCGAGUUUUCUCAGUAUGAAGUCCUGCCUCGUCUGAUCGGCUACUGCUCCCCAGAUCAAUCAUUUCAUCCAGCUUGUGUCAGGAAAUCACAGCAGGCAAACAGUAAUUACUUAUUCAAUAGCAGGAGCGCAUAGACACUUACAAUAGUGUACAAUGGAACAACAGCUAAUGAGUCCUGUGUGGGAAGCAGGAGAUUUAACAUAUGCUCCUGUGGUUUCAUAACAAACUUCAGUCAUCACCUUUCUAUUACAAAACACUUUACUGAGAGCAGCAUUGGUAACAAAACAUGCAAUUUAUAAAUUUUUUUAUUCAGGUUUAUGCAAUAUUGUUAGUACUGCAGUAGAAAAUAGUAAUUUGAAAAACUAAAAACAGGGUUCUUGUAGGUGUUUUAUUUUUUCCUUGGUCUGUAUGCUUAAGUAUUAGCGUCUUUGCCCUUGGCUAUGCCACCUGACAUUCAUUUUCAUUUGAAAUACUUAUUGAUAUGCAGAUACCUUCACCUGUCAUUUCAGAGAAUAUUCAAGUGACAUUUUCAAUAACUUAUGUAAUCUUUGACAUUUUUAGCAAGAGAAAGUUUGUUGUUUUUUUAAUGUAAUUAACUGGUAAGUUCGUUAGAAUCAGCUUCAAUGGUGGUGGAGGGUUGAAUGAAAACAAAAAGUCAUCUCUUGUAUUAUCCACCAAUUGCAAGUUGCCGUGUGACACGUUUUAAUAUAUAAGACAAAAAGGAUUAUUGUCGAUUUGAGUGGUUAGCAAAAACACACACAUCUGUUCAACAUCAGUCAGGAGACACUUCCUUUCUGUCAGCAUACAGUGCCUUGCAAAAGCCGCCAUAUCUUUGAUGCGUUCAGCAUUUUGUCACAUUGCAACCACAACUUCAAUGUAUCCUAUUGGCAUUUUGAUAUAAUUGAAUUUAGCUUAGAACAGGACAAACAAGUCAGCUUCAUAUGGGAAAAGUUAUGAUCAAUUUAAUCCAAUUAAACAAAGAUUCAGCCAUUACAUGCAUUCUUAUUCAAUCCUAGUAAUAAAACAGUCCUGUCAACUUCAGUUUUUCAUUCCAGUAGGUAAAAUGUUUUCUAUCUAAGGAAUCCAACCAAUUGCAUUGAGUGACUUUACACCUAUUCAUCACGAAUAAGGACAUAAGAAGCUACAGAAGUAGCUCAGGGUAACCUAAGCCAUCAUACGUUUUUACCAAAAAGGAAAGUUCUACUCUUCUUUUAAUGUGAUAAUACAAAUUAAAGUUGUGCAGAAUGAACUCCACAAAAUGUUUUCAUGAAAAUCUGAAAGCUCCUGCAAAGUAGAAGCACUUAUAGUCUACAAGUGUAGAGUAUAUCUCUAUCUAAAACCUUUCAAUAAAAUCUUCUUUGUAAAACAAGAUAGCAUGUGAACAUAACUUUUCACGCUAUGCCAAAGAUUCUCAAUUGAGUUUAAGUCUGACUGGGUCAUCCCAACACAUAAAUGUAUAAUACUGAUAGCUUAGGAUAUAUACUUCUUAAAAUGUACCCAGCACUUUAAAUUUCUCCAGAACUUUCUCUCUGACCUGUCUUCUAUGCUCCUUCGUCUUCAAAACGCUAAUUGUUCAUUUUCUCUUUCAACACAUCCUUACAGAAGAGCUUGUGGUUAAAUUAAACAUAGGUUGACUUUAUUUACCAAAUAAGUGGCUAACAAGGCAAUUGGUUGCACUGGAGGUAUCAGAGUAAAACAACUAAAUACCGAUGCACUCUACUAUUUUUAGAAUUAUUAAUUAAAAGAAAAAGCAUAAGAAAUCUUAUUUAAUUUUUCUUCCACUUCACAGUUAUACAGUUAUACUACUUUAAUAGACCAUCUAUUACAUAAAACCCUCAAAAUACAAUGGCGCCUGUGGUUGUAAAGUGGCAAAAUAUAAUAAUAAUAAAAGCCAGGUUGUUAUAAAGGCUCGUGGAUGGCUGCCACAUGCGUCUUUUCUUUUAUAUUUCCCAAAGGAAAGAGAAUGAGAAGUGUGGCAGAGCACUUUGGGCUAACCACAUGCAGCAUCGCCUUACAAAUUUUUUCACAUUACUUCCACCCAGCAGCAGCAAACAACUGCAGCUCUGUAGAGUCAGCCUGCCUUCUCAUUAUCAGUGUCAGUUUCUGUUGGUAUCACAGCUAGUUAGCUCACUUCUGUCAUUAAUGGUUAUUUUAAAAACAAAAAGAAAAACAUUUAAUUUAAAACAUUUACCGGCGCCUCAUCUUCUGGUUCUUUUUUUUUUUUUUUUUCAUUUGCAACCUUUACCUUGAUGUAGGAUGUUAGAAACUUAUGUGAAUUUAUUUGUAAAGUUGGCUUCUGCUGACAUCUGGCAUCAUCUUGAACAAAUCCACCCAAAGAUCUGAAGGGAAAACGGUGCUUCCUGUACAUCCUAUUUCCUACCCAGUUAAAGAAAAAAAAUAUUCAGCUUUCUGUUUCUUGUCACAUCUCUGGUGGCCUUUUGGCCCACUGUGCGAAUGGCCCAUCUGGCAUUAAACUGAAUUUCCAGAUCGCCAAUCCGAGUCUGGUAGCGAAGCAUGUGAACUUGUGAAAAUCGCUGCUUAAGAGUGUGAGAACAUGCAUAAAUCAUUUGCCGAUCUCUAGGGCGCUACCUAUGCGCAUGCAACAGUUGGUGUUAAAUGUUUGACACUGAUUGGUGUGCGCUACACGUAUUUUCACAACAUGGCGGGUCUUUUCCGAAGCCAAAGUAAAAAUGUCCAUGAAGGCACCAAAAAGUAGAAGACAAAGUAUAAUUUCCAGCCAUCUCACAAUGAUCCCAGUAAAACAGACAAAGAUUUGUUGGUUUUAUGGGGCAAAGCAUGAAAAACCUAAGGGAGACACUGUGUAUUCUCAGAAAACUGGAACAAAUAGAGGGGAAAUUUGUCAUGCAGCAAAAAAAUAUAUAUCUUGUAACAUUAGUUCUGCAAUUAUUGGGUCAAACAAAAGAAGAACCACAACAAAAAGGGCUGUCACUGAAAUAUUAAUUCAAACCUGGGCAUGCUUUGAACUGAAACGCUUUUCCCCGACUUUAAAACUUAGAGCUGUUCAGACAAAAUAAGUUGUAUAAAGUUGCAUCAGGCUGUUUGAUGUAUUUUACCUUGUGAUCUGGAACAGAGCGAUCUAAUGUCAGCUUGUCUCAAUGCCUGCCCUCUUGACAUCUUCUACUGUUGGCCGCAAAUAAAAUUAAAAAUAAAAAAAUCAAGGAGAUAAACAGCACAGCAUCUAGGGAAUAUUGUCUAUUGAUAUUGUAGUUUGGGUCAUUAGGCGGAAGACAAGAAGGUUAUGAACACAAGUUGGCUUCAGCAGCUGCAAGAUGUUGGUGUUACUGUUGUACACUUAUUGCAGUAAUAUUAUUUUUUGUUCACACAUCUAAUAUCUACUUCACUUCACAGGCUCAUGUCAGACAGAAUUCCUAAAAGCACACUUAAGAAACUGCCUUCCUUCACUUUAUUUUACUAAAAACAUUACUUUAGUUAAAGGAAAUAACUAACAUAAAUUUCAUUAGGCUUAAAUUACUUUUACAAAAAGUUUGAACAUGCUUUUUCCACCUGCAUAGUAAAGGAAAUCAUCAUUUGAAAACUGCUUCUUGUAUUUUCUAGUUUUAUGACAUUGAGAUUUGUUUGAUGCUCUGGUCAUCUAGACAAAAAAAAAAAAAAACCACAAACUAAAAACAUCGGAAAGGGAGCAAAAUGCUUUCUCACAGCACUCCUUAUUGAUUUAAUUUAAUUUUCAAGUUGCAUUUAUAUUACGUCUAACAAAACCUGUUUGCACUGAGCCAUUCCAUGGAGAUUUUCAGAUCAAUAAGUGGGCCAGUAAUAAGUACAAGUGGCUUUAUACUUGAAUUUAUUGCAUAAUAUGCUACAUUUUUGUCACCUACAAUGAACAAUGGGCAAUGUUCCACUACUAAAUAGUCAAACUUUGUAGAAUCUGGGCUAAAGAUGAGAUAUAAUCUUCUAUACAUAUAUUUAUUCAGUAACCUCUUUUGAAUAAAGAAACCACUCGAUCAUUCAGCAUAUGUCACGCCCCGCUCCUCUUUGUUGUCACAUUCUGCUUGAGCAUUAAGAGUGACAAGCCUUGAGUUGGCAUACUUUCUGCACAGUUUGUUGAAUACGCAGGUGAAAAUGCCUACAAUGGAGCUGAGUUUGGCUGUGCCCCAUUUCCUUUUCCUUGUGCCUCGCUGUGCCUUAAACACACCCUUCUAAAGCACCUGCACGCCAUAUUUCAAAUACGCUGGCAUGUGUCUGAAAAACGGCUGCCGCUGUGCAGUAUGUAACCCUCAAAAUGUCUGCGCUCGAGGCACAAAAAGAAAAAAAAAAAUUUGAACUUGCGACAAUUCACAUAGGUUGUCGGGUGUAGUGCAGCAGAGGGGGUGUGUGAUCAGGGGAGCUGGGGCGGCUGCCCUCUCUGUGAUACUCCUGCACACAUAACGGCACUGUUUAGAUUCAAGACUCCACAUAAAACUGGGUACGUAAAACUGAUUUUAAUGGCAACUUUCUGAGUGCAGCUCUGUCUUACUCUGAGUUUGAAUCUUCCCGUUUUCCAACCACUUUGUGCGCCUCACAGUUGGAGCCCUGAAGGAUUUGGUUUGCUCUCUUGCUUUUGUUUUGAAAUAUUCUACAGUGCUUUUAGGCAUGUCAGGGUGCUUUCAGGUGGUAAACUCAGUUUGUUUUGAAGUAAUGCCUCUGCCAUCUGAUCUGUCUAAAUAUUUCAGAUAGGAAGAGAAAGCAAGAAGACAAUAUACCUUUAGUCAUACUUAACAAUAUGUUUAUUUUACCAUUUCACCGGCUCAUGCUAUUAGCACCAUGACACAGGCAUGGACUCCUGUUUUAUUCAGUUCGUCUGUUAUUGUGUAUCUAAAGAAGAAAGAAAAGGAAAGGAAUUCAGUGCUGUCAUAAAAUCCGGCAUUGCAUGAAAAGUUAGGCAUAAAUAUUUUUGCAUUAUGUCACUGAUGCAUCUGGUGUGUCUGUUAGCCAAUGACAUGCCAAAAUCACAGGUGCGAGGUGAUUCCAUCUGCAGACUGGACAAUUAUAUUCAUAGGAAAAAAGACUGUCACUUCUAACAGUCAGUCAGUGCACCUCCAGAUGGCUUUCACAAAUAGAGCAUUCCCACUUUCAGAAUAACAUUAUGAAAAUCUGAUCAAGAGGGCAGGUCAGAGUGAACCUAAACAACCGAAUACAUUCAGAACUCGCCUAGAAGUGAAUAGAAAACGAGUGUAUAGUUUAAUUUUAGCAGAAAUGCAGCUGCUCUAUGAAGAGCUCAGAGGUAAAGUAAAUUAUUCAAACUUUCAACAUUUAACAAAGUAUUACGCAGUCGAUAAUCUGGAGGAGAAAAAAACAACUGCAAACCUAUAUUAAUCAGAGAAGCAGUCAAGAGGCCCUUCUUAAUUGCGCCACAAAUCUGACCUUUAUAGAAGAGUGGCAAGAAGAAAAAUCAUGUUGAGAGAAAGCCUGUGCAGUUUGCCAUAAGCCAUGUAGUGGUCACAGAAAAUGUGGAACAAGAUGCUGGACACUGCUGAAAUUAAGAAAUCCUGAACUAGAUACAAACCUUGGAAACUUUGAAGAUUACAGGUGCUCUUUGCCCAAUCUGAUUAAGCUUGAACUGUUUUGCAAAGAAGAAUGGACAAAGAAUGGACAAAGAGACAUGUUUUAACUGUUGGAAAAUGUGGUUCUACAAGCUGUGGAGUCAUUUAUUUGUUAAAAAUAAAGAAAGAUAGAAAAAAAAGAAAAAAAUUUGAGCACUGCUUUUGCAAGGCCCAGCUAACACCUUCUGAUGAAUUGACACAUGAGCAGGUAGAGCCAGCAGUAGGUGUUCUGCAUGAGAUACGCUGCAGAUCAUUUUAAAUAUCCUCUCUUCUAAGAAACCGGCAGCACAAUAUGGGGUAGUCUUCCUUCUGAGAAAAACAUCAAAUGAUCCACAAAGCCUGUCAAAAGGGCAUAAAAAUAAAUUAACCCACUUAUUUGUGGCAGGAUUGCAUCUUUUGUCAUGCACAACAUUUAGUAGCCCUCCCACCUGCUCUGCAACCCCAGAAAAGAUGGAGAAAAAAAACAUGUCCUAGUAAAAAAAGAAUCAUGUGAUUUUGUUUUAUUUAUUUUGCUUUGAAUAUUUCAGAAAGCCCCUUCAAGUUGCUCAGUUUUUGUUUUUUUUUAUGUCUCGCACACUCUGUUAAGCAGCCCAUUUCCAUCUCUUUUGCAGUCUCCACUCUCGUAUGCAGCAGUCAGCUCGCGGUUUCUUCGUGGAUGGCGGAACACUGUCAGCUUCUGUCAUACGUUUAAACGUCCAAAUGAAAGCUGCAGUUGUGUAUUGGCUGGAUGCUGAUGCAACAGUGGUUCUCAGCAUGCCACCGUGCAGGAAGACCUCUGCUUUGCAUUCGAAUCUGACUUUGAAAUGUUGUUAACCAUUGUUCGUUCUGACAAGGACACACGUUUCUGGAACCAAUCAGAAGGCGAUCCGUCCGAGUUCUUGAAACGGUUCAUCCCAAAUGAAUAAGAACCGAAAGUGUAGUCAAAGCGCCACCUCGUUAUUGCUUCUCGGUUUGGAUUUGACACACAGUUUGAAAAUAUAAUGUCAUAAGGACAUAAUGAAAGGCACACAAAUAUUACACAGCUCCAUAUCUCAAUGUUUGGGUUGAAGAAGUCUUAAAACUUUCAGGACAAGGACCUGUUUAUUGCUGCCAAAGAAAUGCAAGGCCUGCAGGUACAUCUGCUCUCAGGCUCAUUUAGUAGUAAUGUCUAGCUUCAACAAGAUUUUGCCAAAGGCACUUCAACGCAGAAAUGAGACUUAAAAAGGAGUCAAUAAAGACGGUUUAGAAAGAGCAAAAAAAAAAAA